AUGCAUCACCAGCCGCCUCGAACGUCGCUUCGCUUCAGCACCUACAGCAUGGCGGCACCAUCGUUGACGCCCACGACCCAAACCUCGGACUCGGCGCAGGCCGAGAUUCGCGACAUCGCCGUCGGCCUGGAUCGCAUGGAGAACAAAGCCCUCUCAUCCCAACGUGUGAUGCUGAGCGACGAGCAGUCGGACAACCUGAGCAAGCUGGCGCUCGGCGCAAAGCUGGAGCGAGCCCUUGAACGUCGAAUGAGCGGUCAGGAUGCCGUGAUGCGGCCGCGGCCGCGAUCCAAGAACAUGAGCAUCAACAUCACGGUCACGGAGCAUCAGCAACUGUCCGAAAAAGUCUAG